CGAGUGAAGACAACAUCACCCUGUCGACACCAUGAGUAAGCUCUCUAUCGACAACCUGAAGACUGCUAUUGCUGCCAUCCUGGAGGCCUCUCAGGAGAAGCCCAGGAACUUCUUGGAGACUGUUGAGCUCCAGGUCGGACUCAAGGAUUACGAUACCCAGCGCGAUAAGCGUUUCUCUGGUACCGUCAAGCUUCCCCACGUCCCCCGCCCUAACAUGAAGAUCUGCGUCUUGGGUGACGCCGUCCAUUGUGACGAGGCCUCCAAGCUCGGCGUUGACUUCAUGAGCGUCGAUGACCUUAAGAAACUCAACAAGAACAAGAAGCUCGUGAAGAAGCUUGCCAACAAGUAUGAUGCCUUCCUUGCUUCCCAGGUGUUGAUCCCCCAGAUCCCCCGUUUAUUGGGACCUGGUCUUAACAAGGCCGGUAAGUUCCCUACCCUUAUCACCCACAACGACGAUAUGUCCAAGAAGAUUCACGACAUGAAGUCCAACGUUAAGUUCCAGCUUAAGAAGGUGCUUUGCAUGGGUGUUGCCAUUGGCAACGUCGGCAUGUCCGCUGAUGAGCUCAAGCAGAACUCUUUGAUGAGCAUCAACUUCCUCGUCUCCCUUCUUAAGAAGAACUGGAACAACGUGAAGACUCUUCACAUCAAGUCUACUAUGGGCCCCGUUCAGCGUAUCUACGGUUAAGCUGUAACGUGGCAGGGUGAGAGGCAGGCAGAUAACGGGUCGUUGUUAUUAGCAGUCUUCGGUGCACCAGUCACUGAGGCCUCAUACUACUGAUGGCCCUAUACUGGGAGAUGUUUGUUCGUCACCAGACCGAA